UCCAAAGUCUGCCCUGUAGCCAAGAUCCUGACCCCUCUGCUUGGGUUGUAAGCCUUCCCCUGACCCCCAAAGGAAAGUUCUCUGAAAUGUCCUUGGGCUCUGCCCUCCUAGCUCUUUUGCAGAGUGGCUGAAGAGGUUGCUGGGAACACCUACUGCCCAGUCCUUAGGACCUCCCUUCGGGGGACUCUGUGUUUGGGAGAUGAGGAGCCCUGGAGACUGGAGUCAGACCCUGGGCCAAGCACACAAUAUGACCUGUCUGGAACCAGGGCUGCCCUCCUACUGGCUGUGAUUCAAGACCGGCUAGGAGCACAGCAUGAUGUGACAGCAUUGAGGGACCUUUGCCAGGCCUUGGGCUUCAAGAUCACCCUGAGGACAAACCCUUCAGCUCAGGUGGGAAGCACAUCUAUAAGUCUAGCUUCUGAUUUCCUGCUGUAUGCAUGGGUCAGUCACUUUCUUGCCUUGGAAACCCUGAUCUUCAAGACAGAGACUGAAGAAGUGCCCCGAGCCCCAUGAAGGGCAGCCAGGGGCUGGUUCAGACCUGACCUUACCACCCCAGGCCUUCCGGGAGGAACUGUCUCGGUUUCGGGAAAAGCUGGACACUCACAAGGGGCCUGUGAGCUGUGCCCUAGUGGCCCUGAUGGCCCAUGGGGGCCCACAGGGGCAGCUGCUGGGGGCUGAUGGUGAAGAAGUACAGCCAGAGGUGCUGAUGCAGGAGCUGAGCUGUUGCGAGGCACUGCAUGGGCACCCCAAGAUCUUCCUGCUCCAGGCCUGCCGUGGGGGGAACAGGGACCCUGGUGUGGGGCCACGAGCCCUCCCAUGGUACCGUCGUUGGCUGAGAGCACCUCCAGCCAUCCCGACCCAGGCAGAUGUGCUUCAGAUCCAUGCUGAUGACCCAGGCAGCUCAGGCCAAGCAGACAUCCUUACUGUCUACGCAGCCGCUGAGGGUUAG